AUGCGGCUCCACCUCGCGUCGCUGGCCCUCCUGCUGGCCUGCGCGACCUGUGCAAGCGCCGCUCCACGCCCCUUCAACGCCCUGGGCAUGGGGAGGAGGCUGCAGGCAACCUCCCUCACCUGCGCCAACCUGACCACCUGCGUCACCGCCACCCAGACCUGCACCCCCGGCAGCCCCACCAAGACCGUCACCGUCAGCCUGGGCUGCAAGAGCGGCGACACCUGGUCCUGGAUGUGCUGCCGCGACGCGGGCUGCGACCUGGUGGCCAACUCCUGCAAGGCCAGCAACGCCGGCGCCACCGAGGACCUGGUCAACGACAACUGCGAGGAGCUGCGCGCCGCCACAUACACCCUCGCCACCGCCGCCACCUCCCUCACCCUCCAGAUCCACGACGGCCAGCUGACGGGCAGCAUCGCCUGCGGUGGCGGCGCCAAGGGCAAGGACAAGCUGUGCUGCGGCGGCGACGAGGCCUGCACCCACACCAUCACCCUCACUGCCUGCCGCGACCCGCCCGUCAGCACCGCCGAGUGCACCACCAGCGCCAACUGCGCCGGCAGGACCGACCUGAACACCGCCUGCGGUGUGGCCGCCUGCAACACCACCAGCGGCAAGUGCUACAGCAACCCCGUGCCCAAGGCUGGCACCACCUGCCGCGCCUCCGCCGGCGCGUGUGAUGAGCCCGAAACGUGUGAUGGGCUUUCUCCGACCUGCCCUGAGGAUGCGUUCACGCCCGCCACCACCGAGUGCCGCGCCUCGGCUGGCGUCUGCGAUGUGGCAGAGAACUGCCCCGGCGACGCGGCAGCCUGCCCCACCGAUGUGUUCAAGCCCGCCACCACCGAGUGCCGCGCCUCGGCUGGCGUCUGCGAUGUGGCAGAGAACUGCCCCGGCGACGCGGCAGCCUGCCCCACCGAUGUGUUCAAGCCCGCCACCACCGAGUGCCGCGCCUCGGCUGGCGUCUGCGAUGUGGCAGAGAACUGCCCCGGCGACGCGGCAGCCUGCCCCACCGAUGUGUUCAAGCCCGCCACCACCGAGUGCCGCGCCUCGGCUGGCGUCUGCGAUGUGGCAGAGAACUGCCCCGGCAACGUGGCAGCCUGCCCCACCGAUGUGUUCAAGCCCGCCACCACCGAGUGCCGCGCCUCGGCUGGCGUCUGCGAUGAGGCCGAGAACUGCCCUGGCAACGCGGCAACCUGCCCUGAGGAUGCGUUCAAGCCCGCCACCCACACCUGCCGCGCGGCGGUCAAUGCAUGCGAUAAGGCCGAGCUGUGCACCGGUUCUUCUGUCAGCUGCCCCGAUGAUAAGGUGCUGCGCGACCGCGCCAAGGGCUUCAAGUGCGGCAAGACCUGCUUCUUCUGCGGCAUUCCCGAGGAGCUGACCUUUGAGCAGAAGAAGAAUGACCUCACCAAGCCCACCAAGACCACCACCGGCCUGGGCUCCUGCAACAUGGGCGCCUGCGAGGAUUUCAUCUUCUUGCCGGCAAGCAGCCCCUACUGCACCGGCUGCGUCCAGACCACGUGCCCGCCCAACCUCGCCGGCAAGAGGCAGGGGCUGAGCAACAUUGAGCAUGCCCAGUGCAUCAGCAGCGACGCCACCAACUGGCGGUGGAACUGCGUGAACAAGCAGGAGGGCACCUUCACCGGGGAAGUCUGCCCGCAGCGGAGCUGGUAUGCUUGA